AGUGGGGUGGUUUUCAGAGGGUUUUGGCGAUCACAGAAAAAACAGAGUGAAAAAUUUUUUAAUUUUCUUUUAGGAGAGGAAAUAAACUAAGAAUUUUGAGAGAAAAUUCCAAAUGGCUUUCGUUUGAUAAACACAGAGAAAAUUUCCCUUUUGUUUUCUCGGGAAAAUAUGGGAUAGAAAAUGGAAGAGUUUUUUUAUUUCCUUCUGGGAAGAGAAUUUUCAAUUUUGUUAGUUCUUUCUGCGAUCUUGCAUUGGGCCGCGAAUUUCGUGUUUUGAGCGAACAUUUCAUUGCUUAGAGGGUCUAAGCUUUGUUGAGACGUAAUACUUGUAUCUCUUGGAAAUUGAUUCAAGAAUGCUGGUGAAUUGCAUAUGAUGUGUUCAAUGCGGUGUGAAUUUUGAGAUAUGGUGUUGCAGAAGAGGUUAGAUUAUGGAUUCAAUGGCUAUCGGGUGCCUGCUACUCCGCGAGCAACCAGAUCAGCCAGGAAAAGGGUUCCAUUUAGAAAGAGAUUCGAAGACAACCAAAUAAGUGCAUUUGACUUGCUGGCCACUGUAGCUGGAAAUUUGUUACUAGGUAAAGAAAGUACCCCUACUUCCAGUAAUAAAUCGAGUGGUGAAGAUCAGUCUGCAGUUGUAAAAAAUACUGUAAAGGAGGAAAGGCGGGAUGGAGAUCAGUCAUUGAAGGUAGAAACUAGCAAUCAAGACAGGACUGAUAGGAAAUUCUUUGUUUCUGAACUUGUUCCACAAACCAAUGAUCUAAACUAUAGUUCUAAGGAAUCACCAAGCCUUCAAAAUGAUGCCCAUUUUGGAUUUGCCUCUGUAAUAACAACUUCUGAUUGCUCAGAGAGAUAUGAUGCUCAGAAGUUGAUGAAUGGCAAAACCGAGAAUGAAAUGGGAAGUUUUCCUUGUAAGGUAGAGACAGGUCCUUUUGUGUGUGGGACAUCUGGUGAUUGUAUUAAACCAGAGUCUCAAAAUAAAGGGUUAAUGUAUGAGGAGCUGGAUAGAACUGAUAAGAUUUCGAUUGGAGAAGUGGCUGAUGCAUGCCCCUUAGAAGAUCCAGUGCUCUUGGAUGGUAAACCUCCUGCUCUAGUUAGUUCAGACGAUAGUGGUAAGGCACGUUCAUGCGGGGACUGUAGUCCUCGUAGUUCUUUUCCUGCAAAACAGGAUGAUGUAAAUGUAGUUAGUAGAGAUGAUGACGAAAACUCUUCAGGGUGUACUCACCCUAGCCCCAUAAAAAGGCCAUUUAGGCCAACGCCUCGUAUUGGAGACAGAAGAAUAAGGAAGAUACUGGCUUCUAAAUACUGGAAAGUAGCUCCAAGAUUGAAGGAUGUGACAUUUUCCAAUUCUGAUGAGAAUGUGAAGCCUGCUUGCUGUGGUAGGAAUAGCACUUACAAACGCUUAAGAUCUGAAAGGAAUUACCCUUUUAAAAAAAGGAAGUUUUUACACUGUAGCUCAGUUUCAAGUUCGGCUGGAGGAAUCAGCAAUGAGGGUAUUUCUGAUUCACCUGAGAAGAGCAUCAAUGGAAAUGCUUCUGGUGUAUAUUCAAAGAUGCAUGGAGGCACUGGAGAAUCAUCUUCACUAGCAGACCAACGCAAAUCAUUCCACUCUAUGGAUUCUCACGUGAAGCUUAGGAUCAAAUCUUUCAGGGUGCCAGAAUUGUUUAUUGAAAUUCCAGAAUCUGCAACUGUUGGUUCAUUGAAGAGGACUGUUAUGGAGGCAGUGACAGCGAUACUUGGAGGUGGAUUGCAUGUUGGUGUACUUCUUCAAGGAAAGAAGGUUAGAGAUGACAACAAAACUCUUCUGCAGACGGGAAUUUCUCGUGAUAACCAGAUGGAUGCUCUGGGUUUUAGCCUGGAGCCUAACCCUUCACAAACUUCCCCAUUGUUAUGCCGUGGAGGUUCUCCCUUAACGCUUCCCUGUGACUCACCUCUACCUCUAGCUAGGUAUCCAACAACUCCUCGUUUAGCUAAUCAGGUUAUUUGUGAUCCCUCACCUUUGCCUCACAUGGCCAAUUUGGGAAACUUUGUUGAAAGCGAUCAUGAUUCUGCACCCUCACCUACUGACAUGUCACUUGAAAAAAGCACAACUGAUUCUAAAGCCCUGGUAGCUGUACCAGCAAUGAGUGUGGAGGCACUAGCUGUGGUUCCUGCUCAUAGGAAAUCCAAGCGAUCUGAAGUUGUGCAGCGUAGAAUUCGUCGACCUUUCUCUGUCGCUGAAGUUGAAGCCCUGGUUCAGGCUGUUGAGAAACUUGGAACUGGAAGGUGGCGUGAUGUUAAAUUAAGAGCUUUUGAUAACGCGAAGCAUCGCACUUAUGUGGAUUUGAAGGAUAAGUGGAAAACAUUAGUUCACACGGCAAGAAUAUCCCCACAGCAAAGGCGGGGAGAGCCGGUGCCUCAGGAGCUCUUGGACAGGGUCCUAACCGCGCAUGCUUACUGGUCCCAGCAGCAAGCGAAGGAGCAACUAAAGCCGCAGCUGCCGGAGACCUGCCUUCUCCUUUAUAACUCUACAAUAAGAGGUGGUAGCACAUGUGAUGUUGUCGAAAAAACCUUAGGUUGAAUGAUGGGUUUAGGGAAGGAUUGUCUAAUUAAUUUUUUUUCCUCAUUUCUGUAAUUGUUAUUGUGAUUAUGUAAAAAGGUAUGACAAGGAAGAAAUAGAAGUACCCCAAGAAAUCUGUGUAAUAUUUUAUCCUGCUCUGUGCCUGGAUUCUUCUCCUGCAAUGGAGAGGUUUGGCCCCUUCUGUAAAUGGUUGUUGUUGGAAUAAGAGCUUGCUAACUGAAUUCAAUUCAC